UGCGUUGAUGGCAGCCUUGCCGAGCUAGACCUGCACUUAACUUGCAGCUGCCUCCCGAGCCGGGUUUCAAGAUGUCCACGCCCCGGGUGACAGCCGGCGGGGCGCUGCCCUGGGCUGGGGCGGCGGUGCUGAACGGCAGCCUGCAGUGAGAGCCCGCCGCCGCUGCUGCCCAGGAGCAACCUAAUGUAACGGCACAGCCAACAAGAUGAACGGCGCUUUGGAUCACUCAGACCAACCAGACCCAGAUGCCAUUAAGAUGUUUGUCGGACAGAUCCCCCGGUCCUGGUCGGAAAAGGAGCUGAAAGAACUUUUUGAGCCUUACGGAGCCGUCUACCAGAUCAAUGUCCUCCGGGACCGGAGUCAGAACCCUCCCCAGAGUAAAGGUUGUUGUUUCGUAACAUUUUAUACAAGAAAAGCUGCACUUGAGGCCCAGAAUGCACUGCACAAUAUUAAAACUUUACCUGGGAUGCAUCAUCCCAUUCAGAUGAAACCUGCAGAUAGUGAAAAAUCAAACGCCGUGGAAGACAGAAAACUGUUCAUAGGAAUGGUUUCGAAGAAAUGUAACGAGAAUGACAUCCGGGUGAUGUUCUCUCCGUUCGGCCAGAUAGAAGAGUGCCGGAUCCUCCGGGGACCCGACGGGCUCAGUCGAGGCUGUGCGUUUGUCACAUUUUCUACAAGGGCAAUGGCACAGAAUGCAAUCAAAGCCAUGCAUCAGUCUCAGACCAUGGAGGGCUGCUCUUCACCCAUCGUGGUGAAGUUCGCUGAUACCCAGAAGGACAAGGAGCAAAGGCGCCUCCAGCAGCAGCUGGCCCAGCAGAUGCAACAGCUCAACACUGCCACCUGGGGGAACCUGACGGGUCUGGGCGGACUCACCCCGCAGUACCUGGCGCUCCUGCAGCAGGCCACCUCCUCCAGCAACCUGGGUGCGUUCAGCGGCAUUCAGCAGAUGGCUGGCAUGAAUGCUCUGCAGCUACAGAAUCUGGCAACACUGGCAGCGGCUGCAGCCGCGGCCCAGACCUCAGCCACCACCACCAAUGCAAAUCCCCUGUCCACCACGAGCAGCGCCCUGGGAGCCCUCACCAGUCCCGUGGCUGCUUCAACCCCCAACUCCACUGCUGGUGCGGCCAUGAAUUCUCUGACCUCUCUCGGGACCCUGCAAGGACUGGCGGGAGCCACUGUUGGACUGAAUAACAUUAACGCACUAGCAGUUGCUCAAAUGCUCUCAGGUAUGGCGGCUCUGAACGGAGGACUUGGCGCCACGGGCUUGACGAACGGCACCGCGGGCACCAUGGACGCGCUCACGCAGGCCUACUCAGGGAUCCAGCAGUACGCGGCGGCCGCGCUGCCCACGCUCUACAGCCAGAGCCUGCUGCAGCAGCAGAGCGCCGCGGGCAGCCAGAAGGAAGGUCCAGAGGGUGCAAACCUCUUUAUUUACCACCUUCCACAGGAGUUUGGAGACCAGGACAUCCUGCAGAUGUUCAUGCCUUUUGGAAAUGUUAUCUCUGCUAAAGUCUUCAUUGACAAACAGACCAAUCUGAGCAAGUGCUUUGGUUUUGUUAGCUACGACAAUCCAGUGUCUGCGCAAGCUGCUAUCCAGGCUAUGAAUGGCUUUCAGAUUGGCAUGAAACGCUUGAAGGUCCAGCUGAAGCGCUCCAAAAACGACAGCAAACCUUACUGAUCCUAACCCCAGAGGCUCCCUGCUCUUAUUUUAGCUUUCUUAGGGUAAGUCCCACGAGCCAGCCUGUUCUCAACAGGAAAGGCAGAGGAGGACCACAUUGCCAACUUUUACCAACAGAGACGGUUAUUUUUACAAUAAGGCCUCCAUCUCCCCCUCCCAGCCCCUCCCCAGUUCGCCAUAAGUAACACUCCGGCUACCUUGUUUCUAUCAAGUAAACUCCUCCUCCAGUUGUGCCACUGUAUUCUCCUUUGUUUUGCAAUUUGAAUCUCCUUUUACCUUUUUUUGUUUUGUUUUCGUUUUUUUGCUUUUUUAAAAAGAAAAACACACAGACACAAAUAAAUGACAUCUUGAGAAUUUAAACGGCAAGCAAAGGCAAACGUGCAAUUCUGAGACCCCUGGUGCCCCCAGCACUGCCUGGAGGAGUCACCCCUCCAGUCUGCGCCCACCCCUUAGGAGGGGCACCAGCUGUUCGUAGAGGUUAAGGCGGUGGCCUAGCGCAAGAGAAAAGCCAGGAGAAGCACUUAAAACAAUACAAAAUGUCUUUCCACUACAUUUGGUUUCUUUUAAUCAGAAGGAUUUUAUUUUAGGGUUCAAAGAAACGACACUUAUUGGUCAGAUUAUUACUACUGGUUUGUCUAUUUUGUUGUUGUUUUAUUUUAGUUUUUAGAAAGGAUUAAUGUAAAAAAAAAAAAAGAUUUAGAGAUCUGUUUCUUAAAGCUACAGGGUUUAAAAAUAAAAUAAAAAUGAGUGAAAAUACUUGAUGUUUCUUGAAAGAUAAAUUUAAUAAUAAAUAAAUACAUAAAUAAUACAUAAAUAAAAAAGAAAGCCACAGGCCUGUAAAUUUUAUUUGUAAAAAAAGCAUUUCUAUUUUUGUACAAAAUUUUUACUGCCUCAGAAAUAAUGGAAGUUAUUUAUUGCCUAUUGUUAACUUAUUGGGUACCUAAGGAGCAGUUCUCUGUGCUAGCUAGAUCCUUUUGAAGUAGUCUCUAGAGGAAUCCUUCUAGGAGUGGGCUUUUUUCACCGUUGAACCCUAGGCCUAAAGUUCAUGCUUUAUCCUCUCGUUGUUUGUAUCUGUCUGAUGAUUUUGUUCGUAACUUCCAUUAUCUAGUUUACGGUUCGGUCGUCUGACUUUCCCCGUAUGUUACAUUUGUUGAAACUGGACCCUCUUUCCCAUCCCUUGCCAGCCCCUCACCCCAGAACACCCGGAAUCCAUCCCCUCUCCCUCUCGGAUGGAUUCUCCUGGGUUCCAUUGUGCUGUGGAUAAAGACUAAGAAAUGCAAAUUACGUGGAUGGCUCGCGACUCCCUAAUGCCCUAAGAUUUGCAUUAGUUUUUCUCCCGCACCCUGAAGAGUGAUUUUUGUUGCUGCUGCAUAGAUUCUGUGUAACUUUUUACUCUUCCUGUUUUCUCCCUAGACAUCUUCAUGCCCGUUAGUUCACCGUUUGCCUAGCAUGUCCCUGUGGCGUCUCAAAAAAACAGUUUCAUCGUCCCGUCAUUGUUUCUGAUGUCUUUCUGACCUCACAUCAUAUUUGGUUCUCCUACUGACCUUUGAUCUAGUUUGACCUUUGAAAUUUGCAUGUGACCUCAUCUAGCUAUGAAUUCUGGGAAGUCAAUGUGAAAAACAUUGCUGCAUUCAUGCAAGACUGAAAUUUAUUAUUAGACAAAUUAAUUAUAGAAGAAAAACCUGUGGCAAAAAUGUUUCUUUCUUCUUUUUUUUUUUUUUUUUUUUUUUUUUUCUUUUCAUAAAACAGACUUGAAAGUAUUAUACAGGGAUUGGCAUUCUUCCCGGUCACUGGUAACAAUAGCAAUAUGUGUCCAGGGACACAGAAUGUUGGUUUCUAACAGACUACUUCCAAAAACAGUUUGAGAAAAAAACUGUCUGAUUUUAAGUCUCUAGAGGUCUGUAAUAGUUUUUACAUUUUUCAGGCAGUGUAAAGUUUUUUGAUAAGGCCAUUUUAGGUGGCUCACUUUCUCAUUAAGAUAUAUAUAUAGAACCACUUUUUGUAGAUUAGUAUAAGAAAAAUAUUUACCCUGUUUUGGGGCAAAUGCUACCUAUUUGUGUCACCUUUUGCUGAACUGACUCACAGUUAGACAAUCCAUGGUUUAAUGCACAUGAAAUGACCUAUAUUUUUUACUGUUUCAAUGUACAGGAGAAAGGUUACUGUAAACUGUGUUACGUUGGUGCUUCUGUGAAUUAAGUUGUGGUUUCAUCAUGAGUCUUAUGGUCUUAAUGUUCUUUGUUGGUAAGACACGUUUAGAAUUGGUUUAUUUAAAACAAAAAAGAAUUUCAAAAAAAGUUUGCUUAAAAAAAUUUCACGUGAGGGGAAAAACAAAAACUAUUCCAGAAUAAGUUUUGUGUUGGCUUGUAAAGCAUUGAUGUCAUUUUUUUUUUAUUGUGGACUAUUUAGAUGUGUUUGUGUUCAGCAAAAUGUGAUUUUUUUUUCUUUUAAAGAAAAAAAGUGAAAAUAUAUAGUGCCAAAUUCCAAAGGUACUUCCUUCCUAGAGCUUCAGUGUGUUUCUUGUGAGAAGUAAUUUGAUAACAUGGGUAUUUUAUUAUGUGUUUUGUAUAAAUCCCUAAUAUUUAAAAAACAAAAAACAAAAAAAAAAAAGAGGUUAAAAAGUUUGUUAACUUGCUAUCCUGUGGUCUUGUUGCCUGAAAUUGUUAUUGUUUGUUAUUUCUCUAUAAUGUUUUUUGUAAGACAUUGUAUAAGUGCCCAUGUCUCACUUUUUUAACCACUCUGCACAUCAAUGCUGUGACGGCAACCUCACAAUGUAUUUUCUUCAUAAUAUAUGGAAACCUCUAAGGUGAGAAAGUUUUGAACUUUUAACCCUUUCUACCCAGAGCUGUCUGGAAUGUUGAUAACUUUUUAUACUGUCAUCAUUUUUGUUUGAUUUUGGGGUGUUUCUAAUUUGGAUUUUUCCCCCCUACAUAUCUUUUUGAAUUGUUUUUUCUCUUUAGUAUUUUUUCACCCUUUGGGUGAGAUCUGAAAGAAAAAUAAAAACUCCACAAGGAAAAGCUGAAGGAAAAAAAUGUACUUUAACCCUCGGGUUGUUUUUGUUUUUGUUUUUGGUUUUUGUUUUUAAUUCUUAAUUUGCUGCUGGAAUUCCUUCUUCAGUUUUAAUUAAAAACAGUUCACUGGAUCAACCUUCUGAGGUGAAUGGUAGACACAUUCGAGCAGCUAAAUAGACCUUAAAUUCAGUAUGCUUUUGAGAGCAGGGUAGUCAAAGUUACUUUCAUACACCUUCCAGCUAAAUGGCUCUGUGAUGGGGUAGUCUUUGGAGGGGUUUUUGCUUUUGUUUCUUAAAUGCUCCUGAUUAACGUUUCUACUCAGCCAUUGUGUUGGGGAUUCUCUGACCCCCGUGGAUACCUCUGAAUAAGCAAGGUGUCUGGACUUGGAAGCUUAAAGUCCUUUCCCUGCCUCUGUAUUUUGAAUUGAACGCAUUGAAGGGGACUGACCACACAAGUGAAACUCAGUUCUUUAUCACAGUCACUGACCAAAAACCUAGCGCCAGUCCCUGCCGCCACUUUCCAAAGUGCCAUAUUCCUUUGACUUGCUGUCUUGACAAACCCCGAAGUCAUCCCCACAGCCCCGACACAAACUCCUGCCUUUCUGGAAGCUUCUUUGUCUCUAAUGGCGUUCAGAAACUGCUGGCUCCCUUUCCUUCCUCCUUUGUCCACUCACCACCACCCCGUUUGGUUUAAUGUGUGUGUGGAUGCGAUAGCCCUGGGAUGGAAAGGACUAGCCUCUAAUCAUGCAAAAAAAAAAAAAAGUGUCCUGCUUACAGCACAUGCACUUACAAUGAAACGAUUUGUACUAUCCUCACACAUGUUUACUACUCCUGGGGCCUUCCUGCAUCCUUCGAGGGCUGUUUGGUUCUUCCUGCAGCAAGCGGCUCAGUGAAAGGUUAUCACGUGCGUCUCCCUCGUGUACAUGAGACGGUGGGACAGAGACACACGGGGGAACACAGGACGGCACCAUUUGAAUUCCCUAGACUGUUUCGUUCAGAAUCUCUUAUUAAAUAAAUUAAACAUACAUCUUAAGCAUUUUUUCCCCGUUUCUUCACUGAAGCAGGACGUGCUCCACUGCCCUGACCGGAGGCGCAGGGUGGGCACUUAGAGCUGGGAGUUGAUUCUGCAGGCAACCAAGACAGUGCUUUUGUGGGGGGGGGAACCUUUUUUUUUUCUUUUUUGGUAUAUUUCAUUGUUAAAAAGAUAACCCCCCUCAAAGACAAGCUGUCCUUUUCUUCACUUUAUCUUUUAAUAUCAGAAGGGACAAGCUGCAGGGUGCGAAGGGCCUGUGCCAGAGGAAAAAAAAAAACACACACAGGGAAACUGCUUUUUUAAAAAUCAAGUGUAGAGAAUAGUCGUUUUUAAACUAAAUUAGAGAAUUGCGAUCAAAUGGCAGUCCUCAAAGGCGUCACAAGUUCAUCUUUCUUUCACCAUAGGGGUUCUAGUUUGGCUUACGCUACUCUGGACUCAUUUUACUGUUUCUGUUUUUAUUAUCUUAAGUGCUAAUUAACAAGAAGAAAUAAAAUUUAAAAAAAAAACCUGUAGUUUCAUUACCUUUUUGAAUAAUGUCAUACAAAAAAAUGUAUUUGUGUUUUUUUGUGCUGUGAGAAUUGUUGUUUGUAGAUUAAUAUCAUUUUGUUUAGAAUUAUAAAAUAGUUUUUAAAUAUUGUCUGAUAAAAGCCAAAGUUAAUGCACCCUAGUGAAAACUGUAAGACCAUUUGAGUAUUGUUUCUGUUUUAUUGAUGCAUUUGGAUUUUGUUGUUUGAUGGAAUUUGAGCCAAAAAAACAAACAAACAAAAAAAAAAAAAACAAAAAAAACGCAGGCUUUCCUAUUUCUACAACUGAUUGUACUUAUGCAUUUUGUACCAGUGGAACUUUUUAUACUGGAGAUUAAAAAAAAAAAAAGGAAAUUUUUGUGGCUUACUCUAGUGGGCCCCCUGACAAUGACUGAUUUCAAGUUUGAUUUCUGGUUGAUAGAAAGAAAGUUGCUUUACUUUUGAGAAUUAAAAACUUUGGCUUGAUUUCUUUUUUCCCUUUGCUUAUAUCUAGCAUUAGAAUUUUGUCUUAAAAAAAAUACAGCGGUAAGUUUCACUUUUUAUUCUGUAUUGUGCAGUUACACAAUAAGGUAAUUAGAUUUAGAAGUACUCAGUCACUUUAAGUGGAUAAAUGUAUUAGUUAAAACUUUAGGGGUUUGCUUUUUUGCUGUUUAGAUCAAAGUUUUUUCUGAUUCUUCUGUCCUCAUUGUGAACAUAACCGUGUAGUUGAAACAGUCAAACUUAUUUUUGUAACGUAUGUUAUUGUGUGAUGCAGUUUUUGGCUUCUGUCUCCAAUAUUAAACCAUUUCCUAAUACCUGUUCCUCUCUCUGCGUGUUGUGUUGUUGGCAGUCAUUCUGUGUUGGUGAUGCAUCUACACACCUCACUGUUUCACGUAUCUGUUUUUUUCUAUAUGUUGUGUAAAAAAGAUACAGUCGAUUCCACCUAAGUGAAUAUCUGAUUUAGGGGAAGGAGAAAUUGCACACCAGCCACCUCUGAUUUAAGUACCACAGCCUAUUUUCAUCUCUUUUCUACAUACUUUCUAUGGUCUACCUAGACACCUGCCUCCAGGGAUGGAUUUGCCAAGACCUUGCAAAGUCUUUUGGGCACCCUGGUACAUUUCACUCUCCCCCCUCCCGCUCUGGACCUCACCCCUCCUUCUCUCGCCCCCUUCUCUGGGACACAGUGAUGCAGAUCUCAACACUCAAAAAACAGCUGCUGUUUUGCUGCGUGACCUUAAGAAGCAGCAGAUCUGGGGUUCCUUCUAUUGUUACCAUUAAACUCCUCUGAGAAACCAAUCACAUUUUUAAAGAGGUGAGCUCUCAAGAGAAGAAAAACUUUAAAACGUACUCACCUGGUGAAUAGAUGUGAAAAGGGUUAAACUUAAAUGUGUGUUGCCAUCAUCAAUAGAAAAGUAAUUUAAAUUAUUCAUUUUUGAGAGCUAGCUGAAUCCAGGAGCAUCUUUAAUUAUUAAAACUAAUGGAAGGGGAAAACACUUUCAAGGGCUCAAACGGAAGCUCUACUCAGGCCUGUGGGAUGGGAGGGGGAAGAGGUCAAGUUUCUCAUGCUCACGUCUUCGCAGUAUGUCAUCUGUUUCCAAAUGAAAGCCAAGAAUGCCAUGUGCAUCCACAUGCUCCCUUGUGAAUGAGUGUCUAUUUUUUUAUAGCACCUCGUCCCCCACAGUCACCACCAACCCCCAGUUAGCAUAAAGAGAACACUAUUCCUCGUCCGCCCUCUCAAGCUGAAGCCACAGGCCCGCCUCCCUUUUCUGCCCAUCUCUUCUGCUCAGGAAUCUGACUGCUCUCCAAGUGCUCUUACAAGAUUCCACUGAUGUCUGCCCCCGUCUUCUCUCUCCUUCCAACUCUUCAGACGCACAAGCUCUGCCUGACUCAGGCCUCCCGGCACCCGCAGCCUUCCUCUGGCCGCCAAUGAGAUUGUCCCUGCAGGUGCUCGGGCCCUUCACCCUCUGGUUCCGGCAGCCCCUCUUGACCCCUGGGUUGUGCUUUCUAGUCGGCUCAACCGCAGAGGGGCCUGGCGAGUCGGAGGAGAGGAGGCUCUUUCCCCCACAGGCCCAACGCCACAGUGAAGUGACCCCCACCCGCUCCAAACCCGCACAGAUGAGCUGACUUCCUGCCAACACUUCUGCUUUAAAUCACUCCUCAUAGCCUUCACCCGCUUGCCCCCGACAGCCCACUGCUUAGCUUAGUGGGAAAAGACGGCUAAGGGUGUGGUUUCUUUUUCUUUCUUCUGUUAUUUUUUUUGGGGGGGUGGAAGGUGUGAGGGAGGGGAGAAGGGGGUAAAGAGGGUGAUCAAUUCUCUCCAAGAUGCAAGUGUUUAUUUUUGAAAUACUUAAGUAAUAUACGUAUCUAUAUCCACCAUUCGGCACAAGCAAAAUACUCGUGCUGAGUAAAAGAAGGGAAAGACAAAGCCAGAUUUUGUUGUUGUUGUUUUGGAAAAAAUAGCAAAAACAACAAUUCUCCAAAGAAGGGGACAAACACGCUAGUUCCCUGAAGCACUUAUGACUGUACAGUUGGUCCCUCCUUCAGUUUACACUUACCGUUGUGAGUCUGCAAAGCGCCGCUGCGCUGUCAGCAAGGCGCAUCAGUGUGCCACGCACGGGCCGCCUGGCGGAAUGCCACCUGUCAGCGCUCACCUUGCUGACGGAAGCCGCCCACCUGCCCAGCCCACAGCACUCACGCGCCAUCUUGGGCGGACACCCUUAGCUGGCAGGCUAGGAAACACAGUGAACCUCGAUGUACUGUGAAUCGUUCCUGAUAAGUGAAUAAAACAUUGUGACCAAACAAUCAGCUUAUUCACUUAUCAGGAAUCGACUGUUCUGCUAAUUCGCUGUUUUUGUUUUUCAUCUCUGUUGUAGUUCACUAUUUCUGCUGUGUUCUGUUUUCUUCUCUCAUGCUUGGGCAAAAUCAAUGGGAAUACUAUCUUCAUGUGACCAUGAAACGUUUAUAUCGAGUGAAAAUGAUAUCUUGACAAAAUCUAUGCACUUGCUAUCAGGAACACAAUACUGGAUGUGUCUUAUAUAUAUUGAACUAUAUAGUACUCGAUUUCUUAAAUAAAGCUUAAGAAAGGA